AUGACAGUUAUGGACGACCAGAAUAACGCCGGUGUGUAUGUUAAUGGGAGUAACACCGGGUAUGGGCCUUCCAGCGCCGUCCAUAGUUGUGUUGAGUCGUCCGGUGUUGAUAGUUCGGAUGAUGAGGAUGAAGAUGACGAUAUGGCUCUGAGACAUUGGUCUUCAAGAAGAUCCAAUGAACUGUUCAGAGAACAUUUCCAACUGGGAAUCGCUAUGACCCCGAGCAAUGAGAAACCUGGUCAGCAAGUGUAUGGACACGGCCUGAAAAAUGAUGAUGACGCUUCCCCUUCAACACCCAUAUUCAAGAGACUUGUCAGUAGACAAUCCUUGAAACCACAGCUAAAGGCAUUUCGGAGGAUUACGUCUGAGCUACAGUAUGAAAGGGUGCCACUCGAGAAUGAGAUCAAUCACGAGAAGCUCGUGUUAUUGAAUUUAGAGGAUGAAGAACACUAUCUAACCUCAAGUUUGGCAAAGAAGAAUGAUAAGACCAUCGAGAUGAACAAUUCGAGUUACAAGAAGUUUGACAUAAUCAAGAAGGCGAACGAGAGUUGGAAUAUGAAGAAGAAUGGGACUCAUAUAAUGGGUCUCCAUGUCGAGACAUCAAGCGGUAAGGAUGAAGAAAAGGUAGACCAGAGGAAAAAGAGAAGUUUCGAUUCAAAUGAAUAUAAUGAUGAUACGCCAAAGACACCAACUAUAACGUCGGCCACGCUGAACAAGUUCAAGAGAAGGGCUGUGUCUACAAGUCCAGUGAGUGCAAAUUUUUUCAAGAGAAGCAGUGUUAAAUUGGUGUCUAGAGCAUCAAAAGAGUUAGAAGAUAUGACAUUAUCCGAUAAGAAACAAAAAGAGAAGAUAUGA